CGGAAACGGACCAAGCAGGUGCGCGUCUUGAAAGAAGAACUUACUGUGGAAUGAUAACAACCGAGAGGACGUCUCUGUUCUACGAAUAUUACGUCUACCAUGAAGCGUAAAGGAUCUCAUUUACAUUUUCUAUUGCUAGUUUUACAACUGUCCGUUUGUAUGGGAAUCCCAGGUAAUUUGUCCCCCGUGUCUGCUAUUGAUUCAUUGAACAGUACGCUGAUAGAAACUUCCAUUGGGCCUUGGAGCGAGAUUCUGGAAAACUGGAUUGUCUCUGAUUCAAAAUUGUCAAGGACAUCGAAAGUAAUGAAACUGGGUGACAAAACUUUGACCGUAUCUAAUAAAGUUUCGACACCGAACAAAAGAGAAGUUUCUGAAACGGAUCUUUACUUGCUUGGUGCAAUAGAAAAGCUCGUCUACAGGGUAGAUUUCCUAGAGAAUCGUUUGAGAAGAGCAGAAGAGCUACUAUAUUAUGUAAUUUCUGGAAAUAUCAAUAAAAAAGAACCUUGUCCUUCCAAUUACACGAAGAUUGGCCAAAAUUGCUAUCACUUCAGCACCCGUGAUUUCGACUGGAAGUCAUCAGCAAGUUUGUGUCGAGGUAUGGGUGGUCAAUUGAUCGAGUUCGAUACGAAUGAUGAGAAACGUGACGUGUUCGCUAACUUGCAAACGAACUCCAAGCUGAAAGGUAAAACCUUUUGGACGGGAGGAUUGAAUCCGGGUCUUCUGUGGAUCUGGGCAAGCAGCGCCAAGCCAGUUUUUCAAAACACAAAGCAAACGGUAUCUGGUGAUGGCAGGUGCUUAAAAUUGUCCUACAAUUCAACGUCCAGACUGUACUCGUACCAAAGCGAUGAUUGUGGAGCGAGACACAGAUACGCCUGCAAAUUAACGGUAGAUGACGAGUCAGCGAAUAAAAUUGAGAAGAGUGCGCGAAUGUUAAUGAGCAAAGAUUAUUCGGGUACAAACAACGACUGAACUAUAUCAUUAUACAAUCGUAUUUAUAUUUAUAAUAUGAUAUAAUGUAAACUAUAAAUAUAUUAUAAACU